AUGGCGGGCCCGAAUGAUCAACCACCGCAAGAGAAAUCCGAGUCCUUUAAGCAGCAAUCAUCACAGGAAAAUGACUGUCCGAAUGAGAAAAGUGAUGGGGACAAUGAGGGUGGCGGUGGUGAAGGGCAAAAUAAGACUGAUGGUGUUGCUGCUGCUGUUGGUAGUGGUAGUAGUGGUGGUGAAGGGCAAAAUAAGACUGAUGGUGUUGCUGCUGCUGUAGGUGGUGGUGGUGGUGGUGGUGAAGGGCAAAAUAAGACUGAUGAUGCUGCUGCUGCUGCUGCUGGUUCUUCCUCUUCACCGCCGAUAUCCACCAGAAAAAGAGGGAGGACUGAUGCUGAUGGUGUGGAUGUCGGGUCCAUCAGUGACAAUGGAAGAGUUUCGAAAGAGACGAAGAAAGGGGACUUGGACGUUCCCAGUGUUGAACCUACAUGUUACGUGUGUAAGAAAAGGUUCGGAUCCUGGAAGGUGGUGUUUGGACAUUUGAAAUCCCAUCCAAGGGGAACUCCGGGAGCGUUUCCUCAUCCGUCGUUUACUCCUCCCGAGGGGUCACCGGAAAGGAACAAUAAUGAUGAGAAGGCCCUCAAGGAUCAACUAGCUCCCACGCUGUUGAACCUGGCUUAUGAAACCAUGCACAAGAUGAGCCAAGAAGAGGAUGCUUCUUUUUCCAUGGGAGGAAGAGGGUGGGGCUUGGAUAUUGAUCUCAAUGAGCCUGGAACCAGUUUUCUAUUGGAUCUGAAUAACCCUCCACCACCGGAGAAAAAUGAUGAUGAUGGUGAUGGUGAUGAUGAUGGCAAAAGUUAA